GGGACCCCCCCCACCUCCCCCUGUUGGGUGAUUUUUCGAUACACGCAACACAGAAUACGUGACCACAGGUAAAGGCUUGGUACAUGAAUUAUCUUUGCAAGAGAACUUGUCAAAACAGACGCAACAUUUCGGGCGCAUGAUCGGUGUGCAACAUGUCACGGAAAGAUGUGGAAGGCAUGAAUGAACAAGUCAAAUGUCGAGGUCCUAGGAUUCUACUAGUAACAUACAACAUACUCGUCUCGGCUGAUAAGCAUUGCAUCGUUGGACAGGGUGUUGAUUUUGAAAGAAAAGACGCAGAUUGUGAUUGGAUAUCAUCAAUCUGUGCGUACCGGUGACCGACACGUAGAAGUCAGGUCUACUGGCCAUUCGUGGAGCGAUUCAAGUAUAUC